AUGUGGAUUGAAUGGUUUCUUCGAUGUUCGACAUCGAUGAAGAAAUGGCCGAUAAAGCUCGUUUGCAACGAAUGUAAACGACACCGAUAUAAACUUUCGCUUAGUUCACUAUUAUUUAUUAAUAAUCGUAAAAUCGAGCAGAUUAACUCGAAGAAAACGAAUGAUAAUGAUUACCGAUGGAAACAUUCACAAUCCAAAUCUCAUUCACAAUCAACUGUAUUCGCAUCAUCUGUCAUCGGAGCAUUGACCGCUGCAGCGACGGCGUUCUCAUGGGAGAAUGAUGGAGUCAGUGAUAGAGAAUUACAAGAAGCCACUUCCGACGAUUAUCUACUAAACAUGACGAACGGUCAAAUCGAGGAUAUAUUGAUAUCGCUCGGUUGGGAAAAACUCCUCCGCAAAGAUCAUCUGAUGCUAUUUCGUAAAUAUGACGACGAUCUUCAAGUGUAUUCAUACAAAAUUUUCGGCACAUUCAACGAUAUAUCUGCAUUAGUAUUCUUCCAAGUACAACUCGAUCUUGAUUACCGAAUGAAAUGGGAUGAUCACGCUUUGCGUCUGUCGGUAGUUGAGACAAAUGAGAAUUCGCAGAGUGAUAUCGUUCAUUGGACACAAAAAUUUCCAUUUCCAUUUAACCAUCGUGAUUACCUUUACGUCCGACGAUACUGUUUGGAUACAUCUGCGAACUUCCCACCGAAAAUUAUUAUCAAAUGUCAUUCAAUCGAUCAUCCUGAUGUUCAUAGUGAUAAGAAAUGUGUUCGAGUGAAUAAAUAUGAAUCAUCGAUGAUCAUCCAAUCGAAAACAAAACUCGAUGAAAAAGGAAUGAUGUUUUUGUUAACCUAUCAUGAAGAUGCCAAAGCUUCCAUGCCAACAUCGACUUACUCAUACAUAGCGCAGAGUGGAAUUCCAAGUUUUGUAGAAAAAUUACAUGUAGCAGCAAAGAAACUUCCGAAAUCUAAAGAAUAUCUCAGCAUUGAUUCACUGCCUCAAUGUCGUUAUUUUGACGAUGUAUCUGAUUGA